AACACCGGCUUGAGCACACGUAGAGUUUGGGGUCGAGUACCAGGCACCGAGCGGCGUAAUUUUGAAGUCCGUUAACGGGUUUCGACCGACGUCUUGUUCUGCUGUGUAGUGAAGAAGCGGAGCUGACAGCCAGUCAACUGCCACACAUGCAUGCAAGUGUCCGUUGCCUCCGCCGGUGGAUGACUUAGCUUUGUUUCCCAGCUUUGUUAACCAGCCCCGGGUCUGUCUAUUCACAGCAGAGUUCAGAAUUGCACUACAAUGUCUGCGGUGGCUUCUCUGCAGUAAAGCACACAAAGGUUAUGCUGCCCAAAAGCUGUCUGAGUCCCAGUGAGAAAGAGAAGGGCUAAAGCCGCACCAGUCUAAACCAGCUUUCCAGCGCCUCUCCAGCAACGACUCUACUGCAGAGCCAUGAGCAACCCCGAUGCUCCCAGCCAGGUUACGGACGCCGUGGCUUCGGUUAUUCACGGACCAGAAGCUCCUGCUGCUUCAUCACUACACGGGUCUCCGCGCCCAGAAGAGGAGGAUGAUGGGGACCUGAAUAAAGCCUUGGGUGUCCAGCGCUUCCAGCAGAUCCUCACGCCUGCUGCUGCUGUGCCUGAUAAGGAGCACCACAUUUACCAUGAAGAAGACAUCGAAUACCACCGACACUCCUCUCACCACAUCCACCGGCCUCUGUCCAAACUGCCCUCUGACGUACGCAGGAGGAAGGGCAGCAAGAAAAGGAAGAAGGAUAAAGAUCACAAAAGCAGCCAUCCUCCCUGCAGUGUCCCCAUAGAGGAAGGAGAAGAUGAGGAGGAAGAGGAAGAAGAGGGGACAGAGCUAAAUUCUGUUCUGUCAGAGCGAUCUGAGUCGGAGAGAUCCAAAGAUGUGGAGUUCUUUGUUUCCGAAGAUGACCAUGCAUCUAAAAGUGUCAAAGAGAGCCCACACUCAGUCCGAAAGCUCGACAUCGUACCGGAGUCCGGUGUGGGAGGCGAACAUGAAGACGCAACUUCCACAGAUAAACUGCCUUCAUCUGAGCCCUCCAGCCCCACUGCCCAGUCAGUCCCAGCCGAGCACACGCCGCUGACCCGCGUCUCCUCCGCCAGCCGCAGUUACGACCUGACAGAGCGUCGACGCACGGGCAACAUGACGGGUGCCGAGCAGGCCAAGUACCAGCGCAUCCCCACUGAUGAGAGCGAAGCUCAGACGCUGGCCUCUGCUGACCUGGACGGCAUCAAGAGUCAUCGCUUUGAAGAUGUUCCUGGCAUGCGCCGACACCUGGUCCGGAAGAGCACCAAGAACCAAGUGGUGCACAUCGGCAAGGACCACAAGGAGCCGACCACUCGCAGUCGCAAGCAGGAUCGCACCCCCCAUGAGGUGUUUGUGGAGCUGAACGAGCUGACAAUGGACAAGAACCAGGAGAUGCAGUGGAAGGAGACGGCCCGUUGGAUCAAGUUUGAGGAAGAUGUUGAAGAGGAGACGGACCGCUGGGGGAAGCCUCACGUCGCUUCGCUGUCUUUCCGCAGUUUGCUGGAACUCAGAAGGACCAUCUCCCACGGUGCGGUGCUGCUGGACCUGGACCAGAAGACCCUGCCUGGCAUCGCCCACCAGGUGGUGGAACAGAUGAUUAUUUCUGACCAGAUCAAAGCUGAGGACCGGGCCAACGUCCUCAGAGCCCUGCUGCUCAAACACAGAUGGCUUCAUGCUUGGUCACUACCUCUCCUCCUCCUGUUCAACCUCUCUCUCCCCACCUCUGCCUCCCCUAGUCACCCGAGCGAUGAGAAGGAGCACAGUAGCCAUUUCCCCAGGAACAUCUCCGCAGCCAGCCUCGGCAGUCUGAUAGCGCAUCACCACAGUGCCAACCACACCAACCAGACAGAGCCGUCAGUGACCGACCCCCUCAUGGGCACAGUUCGCGGUACGGGGGACACAGACACGCACAUCGACAUGGAGAAGAAUGAAGUGCAGCAGAGAGAGCCGAGCAUCGGACCUGGCAUGCAUCGGUCCAAGUCCAAACAUGAACUGAAGCUGCUGGAGAAGAUUCCUGAAAAUGCCGAGGCUACAGUGGUCCUCGUGGGCAGCGUGGACUUCCUGGAGCAGCCCACCAUGGCGUUUGUGCGGCUGCAGGAAGCGGUGGAGCUGGAGUCCGUCCUGGAAGUGCCAGUGCCGGUCAGAUUUCUCUUCGUUCUGCUGGGACCCGCCACUACAAGCAUGGACUACCACCAGAUAGGACGCUCCAUCUCCACCCUCAUGUCUGACAAGCAAUUCCACGAGGCAGCCUACCUGGCAGAUGACAGGCAGGACCUGCUGAACGCCAUCAACAGCUUCUUGGACUGUAGCAUCGUGCUGCCGCCUUCAGAGGUGGGAGGUGACGAGCUGCUGCGCUCUGUCGCCCGCUUUCAGAGGGAGAUGCUGCGGAAGAGGGAGGAACUCGAGGUCAAACUAAUGGCCAAAGAGCCUAAAAGCCUUCAAGAAAAAGAGGCACUCCUCGAACCUUCGAAAAAGUCAGACGACCCCUUAGAGCGUACUGGACGGCCUUUUGGUGGGCUGAUACGAGACGUGCGGCGGCGUUACCCAAAGUAUGUCAGCGACUUCAAGGAUGCCCUGAACAGCCAGUGCAUGGCCGCAGUUAUCUUCAUCUACUUCGCUGCCCUCUCUCCGGCCAUAACGUUUGGAGGUCUGCUGGGUGAGAAGACAAACGGCCUGAUCGGCGUCUCUGAGCUGAUUGUGUCAACAUCAGUGCAGGGGGUGGUCUUCUGUCUGCUCGGGGCUCAGCCACUGCUGGUUGUGGGCUUCUCUGGACCUCUGCUGGUCUUUGAAGAAGCCUUUUACAGUUUCUGCACAUCAAACGACAUAGAGUACCUGACGGGCCGCGUCUGGAUCGGCUUUUGGCUCAUCAUCAUCGUGGUCACCAUGGUGGCCUUCGAAGGCAGCUUCCUGGUGCGCUUCGUCUCCCGCUUCACCCAGGAAAUCUUCUCCUUCCUCAUCUCCCUCAUCUUCAUCUGCGAGACCUUCAUCAAGCUUGUCAGGAUUUUCAAGGAGCACCCGCUGAAACGCUGUUCCCUCAUCAACGGCACCGAUGCAGACGCCUUGGCGGAAAACGUCACCCUCAUGAUGAAAAACAGCAGCCAGCCGGCGACGGAGAAGGUCAGCGGGGAACCGAACACGGCGCUGCUCUCUUUGGUUCUCAUGGCGGGGACGUUUUUUAUCGCUUUCUACCUGCGCAAAUUCAAGAACAGCGCCUUCUUCCCUGGAAGGUUACGCAGGAUUAUUGGAGACUUUGGGGUACCGAUCGCCAUUCUCAUCAUGGUUCUGGUGGAUUACUCCAUAGAAGACACAUACACACAGAAACUGAGUGUCCCCAGUGGAUUUUCAGUGACGAAUCCCGACAAGCGCGGCUGGUUCAUCAGUCCUCUUGGAUCAAAUGGGGAAUUCCCUAUCUGGAUGAUGUUUGCCUGCUGCUUGCCCGCUCUGCUGGUUUUCAUCCUUAUCUUCAUGGAGACUCAGAUCACCACGCUGAUAGUCAGUAAAAAGGAGCGCAUGCUUGUCAAAGGUUCUGGUUUCCAUCUGGACCUGCUUCUGAUCGUGGUGCUGGGCGGCACCUCAGCUCUGUUCGGCCUGCCGUGGAUGGCCGCUGCGACCGUUCGCUCGGUGACCCACGUCAACGCCCUCACCGUCAUGAGUAAGGCCGUCGCUCCCGGAGACAAACCUCGCAUCCAGGAGGUGAAGGAGCAGCGGGUCACCGGGCUUCUGGUUGCAAUCUUAGUUGGCCUGUCGAUCGUGAUCGGCGACCUGCUGCGUCAGAUCCCCCUCGCCGUGCUCUUCGGGAUCUUCCUCUACAUGGGAGUGAUGUCGCUCAACGGUAUCCAGCUAACGGAGCGGAUGAUGCUUUUGCUCAUGCCACCAAAGUAUCACCCUGACCACACCUACGUACGCAAGGUCCGCACGCUGCGCAUGCAUCUCUUCACCUGCAUCCAGCUGGUGUGUUUGGCGGUGCUGUGGGCCGUUAUGUCGACGGCGGCGUCUCUGGCUUUCCCCUUUGUCCUCAUCCUCACCGUCCCCGUCAAGAUGUUUGUGCUGCGACGAGUCUUCACUGUCAGAGAGAUGGCAUGCCUGGAUGCUGACGACGCAGAGCCAAAGUUUGACGAGCGCGAGUGUCACGACGAGUACUCGGAGAUGCAAAUGCCGGUGUGAUCCACAGCGAGCCCUCGCAUCGUCAAAUCGCACCGAAAAUCUGUCAGUUAUCAGCAGUUAGAGUUCUGGGACGGCGUCCUUCAAGCGCUGUCCCUCUUCAUCAUCAUCAUCAAGACAUUGAAAUGCAGUAUGUCAAAGGUUGCUUUGGCUUUUAACUUUUCACUAUUUAAGAAGCUUUUCUGCUGCUUUAAUAACAGUUUGUGUCUCAAAUAAUGGAAAAGCAGCUGGAAACUCUUUGUUUAGUUUAUUUGUUUUUAUUUUAAACAUUUCAGGGGACAAGAGAUACCGAAUCAAAUGACUUUAUCUCGAGCUCGGAGUUAAACAUGUUAACAGUAGAUAGACGUGUACGAUUGAUUGAUUUUUAGCCCUGAAAGUUGCUCUGAUUCACAUUGAAUAUGUGGAAGAUAUACGGGAUACAUUCCUUUAUGCUUUAUGAGUUAUUGCUAUUCACGUUCUUUUCUUCACAUUUUAAGAUCACCAAACGCCUUACGAAGGAAAUAUAAAGGUAUUAAGAUUUUUUUUUCUUUAUUUUGUCUUAUUUUAGACAGCUGAUCACUUUACCCAAAAGCUUGUAGCACUUUUAACAUACCAAAAUCUGAACAAUGACUGUAUUUUAUGUAAUCAGUGUUGCUUUAGUUUGCUUCUUAAAUGAUCUGUGAGUGAUUUUUAGCCUGUCCUACUUUAACUAUUUGUUGUUUUUGUGCAGAAAAUGCAGCAUUUUAAAUGGUAGCUCUGUUUAUAUUUCACCUGUGGUGAGUGAAGAUCACCAGCAGGGGGAGAUCUUGUGGGACUGUUAUGACGUUCCAUAAGAAAAAAGAAAACUGUACAAAAAAUGCAAUUCCUCUCUACACUAAUGCCAUCAUAUCACACUUCUCAUCGUGCAAACACUUUUUUUAAAAUGGAAAAUGACACUGUGGCUUAUUAAGUGUACUUUAAAAUGUCUCCACACACACAUACGCACACCCGUACACGUGUAGGGCACUAAUGUAGUUUGUUCUGAAGUCUCAUUUCUCGUGUGGUCGGUUAACGGUGGUUUCUUUGUGCCAAAUGUCUCGUGUAAAUAGUUUUGUGGUCAGAAAAAUAAGCUGCACUUCAGUCACGUUAGAUCUCCUCUAACUUGAAGGAUUUUCAGCCUAAUUUUAAAUAUUUUCACAGCAGGACAUUCCUCGUUUUUAAUAUGUCACUCGCGAUUGUGUCAGCCUGGUCGACAAAAUUUCUAAACAAUCUCAAUAUUCAUGCAUUGCUGAGAGGGAAGGCUUUUACAAAAAUAUAUAUAUCUGUAGGUUUCUUUUUUGAUUUUCUCAUGUCGCAUCAGUGUGACAUGGAUUGGUUAAAGCUUUGACUGUGUCAAAUAGUUUAAAUAUUCAGCCCCCUGUUACUCUCACCUACAUGUUUCAAGCACUACUUUUCCCUCCAGACGGGCCAGUUUCACUGUUGUUGUGAUCUUGUUGCCUUUUUCAUGUCACAGUCUCACAAAAUCUGAAGUGCCUGUGGGACCAUGAAGUGAUCGGUGUCUCCUGUGUUUUAAGGAUGGCACACGUUACAGUAGUUUGCACAUUUGAGACAUGCAUAAAUCAAAAAUCUCUCUGUUAUUUAUCUGUUUAUAAUCUGUGGAGUAAUUGCUGCUUUAGAAGCCUUAAUCGGGUUACAUCACACAAUAUUUGUUUCUUCUGUACGCACACGUUCAGCUGCAGCACGCCCACGGCAGUGAAGACGAUAUUUAUGAGAGGUUGGGUUUGAGUGUCAGUUUUGUGUCUGCUUCUUGUGCCUGUGAUUGGAGUGAAGGCAGUCUGUGUAUGUCAAACUCUGUAAAAGUAUGCUGAUGAUUAAAAGUAUGUGGAUUCAUUUCAGAAGCAAUAAAGUCUUCAGGCUAUUGCUGAUGUUCCCGUGUACAAUAAUGGUUCAAAUAUUGAUGAUAAAUAA